AUGGAGAAGUCAGCUUUGAUAUUCAUCGGUAUUCUACUUUUUUCAACAUGUACAUCGAUUAUGGCACGAACUGGAUAUGUAUCUUGCAAGACGAAUUCUGACUGUGUUAAACUCAAAUGUCCAACGCCAUUUGGUGGCCCCAAAUGUAUUAGCGGUAGUUGUGAAUGCCCCUUUAAAGAACUCAUGACAUUACCGAAUGAUACCAAUUAUGGUGUGGCUGCCUGCAUUGACUAUUGCAAGGCAAAAGGUGAAAUUGUUUAUGCAUGUAUCUUAAACCAUUGUUACUCUUACAAACCUCCCAUGUAA